AUGCCAGCACUUGCCCGCAGAUUCCUGAUCUGGGCGGCGGUGGACGGUCUCAUCCUCCAAGCUCAUGGGCCUGCUGAGCAUAAAAGAACCGUUCAAAUCGACUACCAGAAGCGGCAAAUAAAGGAGCUUGCGGACGAUGAGGCCGGGCCCCGAAAGGGUGUCCCGCUGGAGUCGCACGGCAUCAUCGGCAUCCUUUCGAUCGCGUCUACUUCCUUUCUGAUUACCAUUGUUCAGCGAGAGCAAGUGGCCCAGCUCUUUGGGAAACCCGUUUACGGCAUUACCGAUGUCGCCCUCCUUCCACUGUCUUCGCAGGCCGAGGCGGACGAAGCCAUUGCUGCAGUCACCGCAUCACGAAGCUCGACCGCAUCCACGGCCGGUUCUGACUCAGAGUUAAGUGAUCCCGGAGAGGGAGACGACGAUGACAGUCUGUCCAGCGAUGCCGAAUCCGAGAGACCUAUCGACAGCAAGCCUGCCCUGCACCGCAGCCCCAGUGUCACGAGCAUCGCCAAAGAUGUCUGGACUAAUCGUGGCCAAUAUGGCAGGUUCGCGUCCCAGUGGUUCUCGGGGAGAGGUUGGGGCAUGAGCAGGACUGCCACCGAACCGCCUGUGUCUUCGACUGCGGAGCCGACGUCUGAAGGCGGUGCAGCAGCUGCAGCAAGCCUAACUGAAGCAAAGAGCCACACACCUCCUGAGAGCGAACCGGCCCAACCGGCCGAGCAGAUCGUGACCGCUGGUGGCUCCAUCAAAGAUGCCUUGCCUAAGAUCCUCCGAACCACCAAGAUGAUUUUGACAUCGGGCAGCUUUUUCUUCUCAUACGAUUUCGACCUCACGAGACGACUAGCACUCAUGACGGGAACAACAAAGGCGCCGUCGCCGGACUCUCUCGACCCAUUGUACUUUUGGAAUAGACGACUGGCAACACCCUUCCUGGAAUCGCGACAAGACUCGUUACUUGUGCCGAUUUUGCAAGGGUUUGUAGGGCAAAGAUCGUUCGUUGUUAGAAAAUCUAGCCAUGGCGACGAAGAGUCAGCAGGUGUGGUGUCAGUCGAGGAUGGCAAAGACUCUACAGGACUGGCACAUGCCACCACCCAAGCUAAGCAGAGCCUCGCGACCAUGGGCGAGGAAACCCAAGAGUAUAUCCUAACUUUGAUCUCUCGUCGAUCAGUCAAACGAUCGGGGUUACGAUAUCUACGACGAGGCAUUGACGACGAAGGCAACUGCGCAAACGCCGUGGAAACCGAGCAGAUCUUAUCAGCCCCGGACUGGUCUCCCGCUCGAGGGAUUCGAUCUUUCGUGCAGAUCCGCGGCUCGAUCCCGCUGUACUUUUCUCAGUCGCCCUACGCGCUCAAACCGAUUCCAAUGCUCCAUCAAUCGGCAGUCAAGAAUGAAACGGCGAUGAAAAGACACUUCCACGACCUCAAGAGACGGUAUGGAGGUGUCCAGAUUGUAGCAUUAGUGGACAAACACGGAAACGAGGUGGUCAUUGGUGAUGCAUUCGAAAAGACGGUCCGCUCUUUGCAGGAAUCCCACCAACUUGAGGACGUGCAAUUCGAAUGGUUCGACUUUCAUUCUGAAUGUCGCGGCAUGAAGUUCGAGAAUGUGUCGAAACUGGUGCAGAAAAUUGAGGAUGUCAUCGCUAGGUAUGGCGAGACAGUCAUUUCAGGGAGGGGGGUCGAGGUGAUGCAAUCAGGGACUAUUCGCACCAACUGCAUGGACUGUUUGGACAGGACCAAUGUGGCCCAGAGUGCCUUUGGACAGUAUAUGUUGCAGAAAGACCUGGGCCAGGAGGGGUUUGAGAUCGAUCUCCUCCACGACGAGAGCACAACUUGGUUUAACACUCUUUGGGCUGACAAUGGCGAUGCCAUAUCUCGCCAGUAUGCUUCGACCGCGGCGUUGAAAGGUGACUUUACCCGGACACGACGGCGCAAUUACCGGGGGGCUCUGAACGACUUCAGUUUGACCUUGACGCGGUAUUACAACAACAUGGUCAACGAUUAUUUUUCUCAGGCUGUUAUCGAUGUGCUGCUGGGCAACAUCUCGUGGAAGAUCUUCGAGGACUUUGAGAGUACGAUGAUGGCGGCUGAUCCCGGCAUAUCGAUCGCCCAGGUGAGGGAGACCGCCAUUGAGAAUUGCGCCAAACAGGUCAUACAAGACGAAGACGAGGACCUCAUCCAGGGGUGGACGAUGUUGACACCGGCGCACGACAACACCUUGCGCACGCUGCCAUUCGAAGAAGCAGUAGUCCUUCUGACGGAUGCGGCUGUCUAUUGUUGCAGAUUCGACUGGACGACCGAGAAACUGGCGUCGUUUGAAAAGAUCGACCUGCGAUCAGUCUCGAAAAUCCAGUGGGGUACGUACAUCACGUCCACUUUCAGUGAGCGACAGAUGAACGAAGAGCUGAAUGCUGGCGUGGUGAUCAUCUACCAUCCGGGCAGGGGGAGUAUGAUCCGAACCAACACUCGAUCUUUACAGAACUAUGUUGCCCCGAAGGCAGAUGACUCGCCCGAGAGCCGAAUUGACGGAGGCACAGGGAUUCUCUCCUGGCUCAGCCCAAGCUCGCCGCCGUUGUCCAGGACGCUGGCGCUGAAAGUGAUUCCCACCAGUACGCAGCCAGAUUCGCCGAAGCAGCAGAGCCGCAGUGAGGUGCCCCUCUUUGUGGCCGAAACCAUUGCAGGCGACAUCCGGAGGGCGAUCGUGGGCGCAGGGGAGCAGAGUGACCGAGCGAACGACGGGCUGGUCGAGAAGCAAGACAUCAUUUCGCUCGCCGACGCAAAGCAGCGCACGGGAUAUUUUGAGCAGCUGGGAUACUCGAUCAAGAAGAUGGUGUGGGCGUAG